AUGGCCAAUAUACCCAAGUCACAUGUCAAUAUUGUGGAGGACUCCCGUACUAUGAGUGUGCUGGGAGUGGCCUCCACGAUCCUGAAGCCUUGGCCAGGAAUUGAUCAGGAACAAGGUAUUGACAUCAUCUCUUUUGACAGUACCGCAGAGAUCGCGGCCAACGCGCCCCGAUACCGCCGCAAGAGCUCAACUUUCAUCGACGGCAUCCACGAUGUUCCUGAGGACCAGAAUAUGGCGCCUGCUCAGCUCUACAGCACCAUGUCCGGCCGGCUGUUCCACUCUGGCCGUAUUGCCAUCGUCAUGGUUGGCCUUCCAGCCCGUGGCAAGACCCAUAUCUGUGUCUCUUUGGCGCGUUACCUCGGCUGGUUGGGAGUCAAGACUCGCAUCUUUCACCUCGGUGACUACCGUCGCGCUACAGUUGGUAAGGGCGGCAUAGUCCCUGAGGAUUACUUCUUCCCCGACGCGUCUCCUCAGUCAGUCAUUCUUCGUCAGAAAAUCCUCAAGAAGUGUCGCGAGGAUAUCUACUCUUGGUUGAACCACGAGAAUGGUCAGGUAGCCAUCUACGACGCUGUCAAUCCCACUGUCGCUGGCCGUCGCGCGCUGGCCAAGGAGCUCGGGAAGCAUGACGUUCAGACGCUUUUCAUUGAGUCAUACGUCAACGAUGAGGGCAUCUUGCGCGAGAAUGCUCGCAACGUCAAGAUCUCUUCACCUGAUUUCGCCGGCAUGGAUCCCGACGAGGCAGCCAAGCUGUACCUGCGCCGUAUCGACAUGAAGAUCCCUGUCUUUGAGACCAUGGAGGAGAAGGAGCUCAACUACAUCAAGAUGAUUAACGCGGGCCAAAAGUUCUUCUAUAACAACGUCUCGUUUGGUUAUCUCUCUCACCGGAUUGUUUUCUACCUUACGAACCUGCAUAUCAAGUCGCGCACCACCUACUUUGUCCGCGCUGGCGUUACCACCGAAGAGGACUCGUACAGGGCCGACGCGCCUCUUUCUGAGGAAGGCAUCGCGUAUGCUGCCAGAAUGUCGGAGACAUUACUAAAACAUCGCGAGCAGGAGCGUACCGCCCUCGUCGAAAGUGGAGGCCCCGACGUCCCUCUACGCCCCCUAUCGGUCUGGACUUCCACGCGUUGCAGAACCGUCCAGACUGCCGACUAUCUUAAGAAGAAGGGCUUCAAGGUCCGCCAGCGCUCACAGAUGAGCCAGAUCAAUCCCGGUGUCUGCGAGAAAAUGUCGGAGCGCGCCAUCCGCCAUCUCUACCCUGAGGAAGUCGAGAAGCACGAGCUUGACCCGUACCACCACAGAUACCCGCGGGCCGAGUCCUACCAUGAUCUCGCCGUCCGUCUGGAGCCCAUCAUCCUGGAGCUGGAGCGCGAGCAGAGCGACCUCCUCAUCAUCGCGCACGAGUCGGUUCUCCGUGUGCUUUACGCCUAUCUGAUGCACUGCGCCACCAUGGAUAUUCCCGUCCUCAAGUUCCCCCGCGACGAGAUAAUCGAAAUCAUUCCUGCCGCUUACCAGAACGAGGCCAAGCGCAUCCAUAUCCCCGGUGUCGAUCCCAAGAUCACCCCGAGCUCUCCCGAGGAUAUUAGUAUCCCUGUCCCCGCCAGCGGUCCCGCCAGCGGCAACCUGUCGCCCAUGCCGGGCCUUCCAUCUCCCGCGGAGCCCGCCGAGCGCCCUCCUGAGAAGGUCAUCAACAAGGCCGUAGAAAUGGUCGCUGACAGACAGAACGACGAGGACUAG